UUCUAUGUUGUCGUUGUCCUAUUCUCAAAUAAGUUAGGCCUGCAGAGACAGCUGCAAACUCUAUUCCUAAUUAAAGAAAUCCAUUUUAUCAGGAGUUUUCACAGACAGUAAAAGACGGAUAUCUAAUAGACGAAAAUCUGGUUGUUGAAUUGUAGUUCUGCCUGAAGGGGCAUCUGCGGAGCUGCCCACAAACGAGACACUCGAUGUUUCAAAUGUUUAAAUUUCAGCAAGACAAGGACGACAAAAUGAUUGCCCGAAGAUAUUCACCGCCUCCACCUGAUCCAUAUCCUUUACCAAGUCUUCGUUUGGUCAUUCUCUGUGUUUCCGUGGCAGUAGCUCUGAGUAUGGUCGUUGUUAUUCUCCUCAUCGACGUCCGUCCUCCACCUCUGUCAGACAUAUUUCUUUCGCCUGUGUACUUUCCACUCGGACAGAGUUUGCAAGUGAAGACGAGACGAUGGUCAAGAAACGAGAAACUGUGUUCAAAUUAUGGCGUGCCAAAACUGAUAAUAAAUGUAACUGACACCCUUUGUGGUCAAGCUGUUUGGCAAAGUACGGCAGAUACAGAAGAAGGGGACCGUUACGUAAACAAAGUGGAUACAAUUUACAGAUUUUUCAGAAAUGAAAGCACUGCUUUGCAAUACUUUCAAAAUUACUGGGGUAAUGUACCCCUUCCCUUACCAUUUGAACUAUACAGUGAUGAAACUCCUACUGCACCAACAGCUGGCAGUGAAUUUUCAGCAUUCAAGUGGGACCCUGUAGCUGUGUACAAUGACAAGACUGAAGAAGAAGUUUCAAAAAUCCAUCAUAGAUGUGGCACAAAAGGAUGCAGCUCAGUUUUUAAGCAUAUUCUAUAUCUCUUUAGGUAUAAAAAUGUGUUUGCAAGGCUGGUUAUCCAUGGAUUCAAUGACAGCAGAGAUUCAAGGCUUGGAGUUGAAUUUGCUGGAAGGCUUGCUGGCAUCAUGGUUGAUCUCAUUACUCAGAACCAACCAUCAUCUCUUGAUGCAUUUAUCAUCAAUUUCCAGUCAGGAGUCAGAUUUCUGACCCGCACAUUACCAGUUGGUUUGCUGAAUAAAGCGUACUUGGCUGUGUUUAUGCUAGGUCAAGGAGUUAUAGCUUUGUUUGACCUCGACUCUUGGAUCGCUGUAAUGGAGCUUGUUAGCCACCAAUUGCGUUUACUGUGGCAGCACUUAAUCGAUGCAUCUGUGAAGGAUUUGUACUUCUUAGCAGUUGCUGGCUUACUGCUUUUAAUUCACAGAACACAAACAUUUCUCACGCCUUAUGACGAGAUGAACAACAUGCACAACAAAUGCCGCAGUAUGCUAACAAGCGCUGUUGAGAAGGCACGUCGUCAGACUGUUCAAGUUAAGGACGACAUUCUGCUUCAACCAUGAACCAUCAUUCUAUUUAGUUGGAUUCAGGACUGGAAUAAUUUACUUUCGAACGCAUCUAGGGUUGGGAAAGCUUAAAUUGUUAUUAGUGGUGUUAGUGUUUUUGUUGUGUCUAUUCCUCUGCAUAACCACUUACGUUUAGCGUAAUUAGGUAAAUUUAAGUAUAAACUGCAUCAAGUAAGGCUUAUUUUUGCUCCAAGCAAUCUGUGUUAGACAAUGGGAGGCGGUCAGACUAUCGAUAUGCCAAACUACCUCUGGCAUACAGAAGUAAAAAAACAAUAUCAAUUCAAAUGUAUUAACAAACCCUCUCUUAUAAUAAAAGUUGGCCUUCAUUUGUUGCCUUAAAAUCUUAAAAUUUUCUUUACCUACCAAAUACUUAUUUCUUAUGUAUAGUACAUAAUGUGUGACGUGCUUUGUGUAAAUGUGAAACUUGUUGUGUAGCAGGUAAGCUGCUCCACCCCAAUUAUGAAGCAGAAUGUGUUUUAUUUAUUCUAAUUAAAUGUCAUCGCUUUAUAGUUUUGUUGUUAAGCUAAACUGUUAAGGUAAAAUCAAUAACAAUGCCAAAAGGUUGAGGAUCUCAUUGAAUAUCAAUAUUGGAUUUGGUGGAAAUAUUUCUCUUUUUUCUUUAAAUGUAUGAGGUACUGAAUUUUU